AUGGAAUCUUGUUUGUAUAGCGGUGAGUUCCUGCACCGGAUCGGAGCCGAGCCGACGGCAGAGUGCCACCAUUGUGGUUGCGACUUGGACACGGCGGAGCACACGCUCGUCGCCUGCCCCGCAUGGGAGGGGUGGCGCCGUGUCCUCGUCGCAAAAAUAGGAAACGACUUGUCGUUGCCGAGUGUUGUGGCAUCGAUGCUCGGUGACGACGAGUCGUGGAAGGCGAUGCUCGACUUCUGCGAGUGCACCAUCUCGCAGAAGGAGGCGGCGGGGCGCGUGAGAGACGCACAGGCCCGCCGCCGUCGAGCGGGGGCCAGGGAGGCGGAUAUCGCCCAAGCCCUGGCCCUCUAAGUGUUUCGGGUCCCCUCACAUGUCGGCCUGGGGACCGGCGAAGGGGGCCUAAGAAGACGACGUGCAAGCUGCUCUGCACGCGUUUUAUGCAUGAGCAUCCGGGUGAUGGAAGGCCGGCUAUCCUCAACCCACGCUGGUUCUGACCCAGCGGGGUAUUCCGUAGGAUAGACCAUUCUAACCGGCGCCAUCUAGGCGGGCUUCGGAUAGCCUGCCGACCGAGAGGGCUGGUGGUCGUGGCGCCGACGACCGCCAGUCCGGCGUCCCGAGGGGGAGGGUGAUGGGAGAGAUGUGCUCCGCACUAAACGCUUCACUUUCCCCCCUUUGCCUUUUCAUGAGUUUUGUCUCAUGCGAGGUUUGGACGUUGGUUGUUGAGAGACAGGAGGUUUUAGUCGGUUCGACUCCGACAUGCCCCGCCCUUCAUCCCCAGUGAAGGGCGGAAGUCCGGCGAUUUCAUCCUGACAAAAAAAAAAAAAAAAAAA